AUGUCGUUUGCUGAAAACUUUUGGACUCAAGAUUACCAUCAAGGGUUUGAGAAAUUGUUUGUGCAGUUGCAUCAAGGUAUUUUGGAGAACAAUGAUUUCAUUAAAUUAUUUGAGAAAAGAAUGGAACUGGAAAUCAUUUAUGGGAAUUCUUUGGAAUCUAUAAUCUCGGAUUCUAAACCAACCAGCUCCAGACAGUUGAAUGAUGAUUUUGUUUCAACCAUUAAGAAUGCAUACACAAAGAUGAAUGAAACAUUUUAUAAACAAGGCCAAUAUCAUUUGAACAUUGCUGAAAAUAUAGAAUCAACUGUGUUACAACCUUUUGAAAAAUGGUGUGGAGAGCAUGAACAACGUGUCAAUUUUUCAGAAUUUACAUUGAAGGAUAAGUACAAGUUGUUGAAGCAACACCAAUUGAAUGUCGACAAGAUACAAAAAAAAUACUUCAACAAAUGUAGAAUGUUGGAAGAGUUCAAGUCCCAUUUCAGUGAAGAGGAAUUACAAGAAGAAUUAAGGGAGUUAUCCUUGGGUGAAGACACGGGGAAGCAGCAUACACCAAUUGAAGGUGGUGAUGGCAAAGCUACUGGAACCGGAUCACAACAUCAACAAGGUGAAGGAGAUGAAGAAGAUGCUGAAAUUUUUGAGUUUACCCAUGCCAAGUAUGAUAAGAAACAAAUGAAAGCAUUGCUCAAAGACAUGUUGAGCAAGAUCCCAAUGGCGCCUCAUAAAGUUCCAAUUUUCGGUACCUACCAGAAUGUUUCUACCGGUAGUAGCAUUACUCAAUGGUUGUUGGAAAACAUGCCUGAAUUUAAUAAGAAUUUGGAAAAGGCAGAAAUCUUUGGACAGGACUUGAUUAGAAACGAGUUUAUUAGAGUCGUUGGUACCAUUGGCAAAUCAUUUAUCAAUUCUUCCCAAUUCUUCUAUCAAUGGAAGGAUUUAGCAUUCCAAUUGGCCGGUGUCGAGAAUGAACAUGUUGUCGAUAAUUCAUUAGCCAAGUCAUUGUCAUUUAAGUUUGAAGAUGUUAAAGAGGCCAUGGGGGUUAAUACUGUCGACUUCAGUGAUAAAUCUCAAUUACCUAGAUUAAUCAAUGAUGUGAAUAAUCUCGAUACUCAGUAUCUAAAUGCUGUUAUUGAACUCGAUAAAUUGAGAUGUGAAUUUGAAGAAGUAGCCAUGGAUCAUUUGACAUUCAUGCAAAAAUGUGAAUUAGAUAGAUUAAAAGCCAUCAAGAAGGUUACUUUUGAUUUUCUUUCCAGUUUUGCCAACAGAAUUAGCAAUUUGAAAACUGUUAGUGACGAGUUGGUUUUAUUAGAAGAAACUAUCAACCCAAUCAAUGAUUUAAAGUUUUUAAUUGAAAAUUAUGGUACUGGUAAAUUUAAACCAAUUGUUACAUUAUACGACAAUUACUAUGAUUCAAACAUUAAUCAGACAUUUGGUGUUGAUCUAAAUGUCAAGGCCAGAUUGGACAAAAAAGUGGUUCCAUAUAUUAUUCAAUGUAUUUUGAGCCAAUUGGACAAUGUGUAUCCUGAUGUUCAGAAUGACGAAGAGAGAGUCAAUCUUUGGACCCAACCGGUACACCUUUCUAAUGUUCAUAAAUUAAGAUUCCAAUUGAAUGAAUUACAAGACCCAAGCAAGAUUACUGCCGUUUUAAAGGAAUCUCAUCCAUUACUCAUAACAAAUGUGUUGAAAUUGUAUUUCAUGGAAUUGCCAGAUUCUAUUAUCCCACACAACUAUUAUGAUGUAAUUAAAUUACUUUAUACAAACUACCAUGACGAAUCUCAGUCUGAUUCCAGAAUCAAUGGAUUACAGAAUGUGUUGUCUGAAUUGCCAAAAUGCAACCUUGCUACGUUAGAUGCGAUUUUAACCCAUUUGAACAGACUUGUUAGUAUUAUUGGUACUCAAAACAAAGAUUCUGCCCUUGAAUUGCAGCAUAGAUUGGCUAAAGAGUUUGGAUCAUUGGUCUUGAGACCAAAGAUUGAUGUUUUGAAUAAUUUGGAAAGUAGUUAUCUUAACGACAAGUUCCAAGUUACAUUGAUGAAUGACUUGUUUGAUAACAAACAGGAUAUAUUCAACGAAUUGAGACGUCAGAGCUCAACUAGAGGUGGGAAUAGUGUAUCACCUGCUAUUUCGAGACACGGUAGUUUGACUCGUCAUGAAUCAAUUAAAUCAGGAAAGAGUCACAGCGCGGCUGAUAAUUUAGUUGCUAAAUCUAAAUCCAGAUUAGAAUCCAGAUUACAAAGUGCCGUAAAGAGUCAAAUCAAAAAGGAUGCUCAACUGGAAGGAGUAAAGAGCAAUGAUGAUGACGCUCCAAAACAAGCCAUGGGAUUGAAAAGAUCACCAUCUCCUAAGAAGAAGAAAUUAAAUGUAUUACUCAAUGAAGAGAAUGGGAAAUCUUCUAAUGGGAAAAAGGCCCUUCCUCCAGCACCAGUGACAUAUCGUCCAGCAAAAGACAUUAUUUAUGAUAAAUCACCAAAUCAAUCUGCCACUGACUUGUCAUCUCCUCCUAAAUUUGCACCAAGUUUAGAAAGAAAAUCGUCAGUCAAGGAUAUGGCUAAAGACUUUGAAAAUAAAUCGAUAGAAGACUUUCAAGAUGCCAUUUCGAGAUCAGGUUCAAGAUCAGCAUCACCAAGCAAGAGUUCAUAG